CUGUGCUCAGUGGCUCUGAACCAUGCAGCUGUUGCUCUGCGCGCUGGCUGGGCUGACCCUGCUCGGUGACGGGGCAGGCGAGUGGGGCCGGGGAUCCAGGGACACCCCGGGAUGGCGAGCUGCUGAGUCCCCCAGUUACUCCAGAGAAGAUGUAGCUUGGAGCCAAGGCUGUGACAGACAUGGGGCUGUCCAAGGCCGUUUAAAUAUCAUGGAAGAGACAGUGGAGAAGACAGUUGAGCACCUGGAGGCAGAAGUGAUGGGCCUCCUGGGCCUACUGGAGGAACUGGCUUCGAAUCUACCCCCAGGGCCCUUCAGCCCUGAACCAGACCUGCUAGGAGGUGAUCACUUCUGACCACCAGGGGGCAGUGGAGCCUGGCAGCUGAAGUCAUCCCUCUGAGAACCAAGCCAGGCCUUCUUGCCUUCUGGCCCACCUUUGUGUAAAAUAAAAGCCAUUACUCAGGCC